AUGGCCUCACUGGCGACUCAGGGCCCCCCGGUCCCUGACUUAUUUUCUGGGUUGCCACCGGCGGCCUCAACUCCUGCCAACCAGAGCACGGAGGCCUCGGCGGUCAAUGGGUCGGCGGCUGACCCAGGCGCUCAGGCCGUCACGCCUUUCCAAAGCCUGCAGCUGGUGCAUCAGCUGAAGGGGCUGAUUGUGCUGCUCUACAGCAUCGUGGUGGUUGUGGGGCUGGUGGGCAACUGCCUGCUGGUGCUGGUGAUUGCGCGGGUGCGUCGGCUGCACAACGUGACCAACUUCCUCAUCGGCAACCUGGCCUUGUCCGACGUGCUCAUGUGCACCGCCUGCGUGCCGCUCACGCUGGCCUACGCUUUCGAGCCACGCGGCUGGGUGUUCGGCGGCGGCCUGUGCCACCUGGUCUUCUUCCUGCAGCCUGUCACCGUCUACGUGUCGGUGUUCACUCUCACCACCAUCGCGGUGGACCGCUACGUCGUGCUAGUGCACCCGCUGCGCCGGCGCAUCUCCCUGCGCCUCAGCGCCUACGCAGUGCUGGCCAUCUGGGCGCUGUCCGCGGUGCUGGCGCUGCCGGCCGCCGUGCACACGUACCACGUCGAGCUCAAGCCGCAUGGUGUGCGCCUCUGCGAGGAAUUCUGGGGGUCUCAGGAGCGCCAGCGCCAGCUCUAUGCUUGGGGGCUGCUGCUCGUCACCUACCUGCUCCCCCUGCUGGUCAUCCUCCUGUCUUACGUCCGGGUGUCGGUGAAGCUGCGGAACCGCGUGGUGCCGGGCUGCGUGACCCAGAGUCAGGCCGACUGGGACCGUGCGCGGCGCCGGCGCACCUUCUGCCUGCUGGUGGUGGUAGUGGUGGUGUUCGCCGUCUGCUGGCUGCCGCUGCAUGUCUUCAACCUGCUGCGGGACCUCGACCCGCACGCCAUCGACCCCUACGCCUUCGGGCUGGUGCAGCUGCUCUGCCACUGGCUCGCCAUGAGCUCGGCGUGCUACAACCCCUUCAUUUACGCCUGGCUGCACGACAACUUCCGUGAGGAGCUGCGCAAGCUCUUGCUUGCCUGGCCCCGCAAGAUCGCGCCGCACGGCCAGACCGUGACAGUCAGCGUGGUCAUCUGA